AGACGCAACGUCCGAGAAGUUUAAAGUGGUUAUUAGAUCUACACGGUCGCCGGGCCCUUGUAAAGAGACAGUUAUCGUAGUGGUAUCAUACAAAUAUGACGUACGAAGGUAAACUCAAGACGGAUUCAAACAUAGCAUGGCAUCGUCCGCAAGCGUCGCCGUUCCGCGUCGAGGAGGAGUUGAUGCAGAAGAGCGCACGAGCGCUCAGCACUAUCACCGACCCUGUGGAGAGACUGCGUCUGCUGUGCCUGACACGCGGAGCGUCGGGAAUUAUGGAACUGGGCAGGAUUUUCCGAAAAAUGGAUCACGGUGGAAGAAAACAACUUAACAAGGCAGAGUUUUUCACGGGCAUAAAAAACUCUGGACUGGACUUAAGCCACGAGGAUGCAGAGAAAUUGUUCGCUCAUUUCGACACGGCCAACCGCGGUACUAUUAAUGUCGAUGAAUUCAUCAAACAGAUUCGUCCUCCAAUGAAUGACGGCCGCCGUGCUAUAGUCGAUCGGGCGUUCAGGAAACUGGAUAAAUCUGGAGAUGGGGUUAUUGCCACAGAGGAUCUCCGUGGCAUUUACUCGUGCGCUGCAAACCCGAGGUACAAGAGCGGUGAAGAGACUGAAGAACUGCUCAUUGGCAAAUUCCUUGCUAACUUUGAGAGCGAGGGCACCGUCGGUGGCAAGGUAACGCUUGAGGAGUUCAUAAACUACUACAGCGGCAUCAGCGUGUCCAUGGAGGACGACUGCUACUUCGAUCUCGUAAUGCGGCAGGCCUACAAGCUUUAGACAUCAGGCCAGAAGCAUGGACCUAAAAUACCAUGGACUUUACGUCGCUAAGACAAAACUGUGAUUUCAUGACACUCGGGCGUAACGGUCCUUGGCUCAAACCCAAUAAAUGAUAACUACGUAUACACAUACGUAGUACACACGCGUGCGAAAUGGGCGUGUCAUUAAGUCAUUACUUUGUUUUAGCAAUGUGGUGUCUUUGCAUUUUUCGACCAUGGCCUGAAGUCUUUGUUUGUCAAAGGUUUCACACCAUUUAGACAAGCAGGACAGCAUAUAUUACACGCACAUUUUAAGGGUUUCGUCGAAACGCUGAAUAUCGAGCACGUCACUAUUAUUUAUUCAAUAUUAUUAAAGUAAAAAUUUAUUUAUUUAACAAAUUAACUAUGUUUGAAACAUGCUGUGCUUCCUAUUAAUUAGAUAUUUUUAAUGUAA